AUGUCUACAUCAAAAGACAAGUCUAAGGUCCACAAGCUGUCCUUGAAAGGAUCGGCCAAGCUGGUGGCAGAAUUUUUUGAAUAUUCCAUAAACUCGAUUCUAUUCCAACGAGGGGUGUACCCUCCAGAGGAUUUCAUGACUGUUAAGAAAUAUGGCCUGAAUAUGCUGAUUACCGCCGACGACCAGGUUAAAGCAUACAUCAAGAAGAUCAUGUCCCAAUUGAACAAGUGGAUGAUCGGUGGCAAGAUUUCCAAGCUUGUUGUGGUGAUUACAGAUAAGGAAACUGGAGAACAUGUGGAACGGUGGCAGUUUGAUGUCCAAAUAUUCGGCAAGCACAGCAAGAGCCAAGCAGCUCGCAAAACCGCCAACAAGGAAAAUGAUACCCCAGAUAAUGCCGAGUCCCAGCCCGUCGCCGUGGAAAAAUCAGAAAAGGAAAUCCAAGAGGAGAUCCAGGCAAUCUUCCGACAAAUUACUGCAUCUGUUACCUUCCUCCCUGUGCUUGAUGGAGAUUGCACAUUCAACGUCCUUGUAUACGCAGACGCCGACUCUGAAGUGCCCGUCGAAUGGGGCGACAGCGAUGCCAAAGAAAUCAAGAAUGCAGAAAAGGUACAACUCAGGAGCUUCAGUACCAACAACCACAGAGUCGAGACCUUGGUCAGCUACCGCCUUGCGGAUUAAAUGUGCUACUACAACUGUAUUUUCAAGUUGGAGGCGUUCGGGUUAUGUCGGUGUUAGAUUUGCAGGAAAUCCAUACAAUUUUAUCUCUUCAAGGCAUUCAUAUCACAUCAGAUGUCAUCAAUAGAUAAUGCUCUUAAUAAUGAUUGACGAGUC